AUGAUAUUGAAACAAGGGAACAACCUUAAGAACAUACUGAAUGUGGAAAAGCUUUUUCCCCAAAUCAAAGAAACAAUUGUGACGAAUCCUUUUGCUGGAAAUCAUAACCAUUACUACAGGUACUCUCGAUAUGUAAUCUUUAACCCAAUAUCUCCACAGGAAUAUGUGUCCUUAAGGGAGUUGAUGAUAAAAGCUCAGUACCAGAAGUUGCAUAUACUUCUCUACAAGGAAGAAGAACUGCAGCUGCAGGCUCUGCACAGAGAAGCACAGGAGAUUUCCCAGCAGCUCAAGGACAGUGAAAUGAGAAUGACCCAACAGAAACACCAGCUGAAAGAAACGUACAGAGAGCUGGCUGAGGCAUGCUGGAAGCCUGACCUGGAGUUACUGCAGUAUGGGGAGUGUAUUAGAAAGAGCAGUACUGGCACACUCAGUCCCCAGCUGGUAAACCCAGAGCUGACGUUAUGGAACAUCACUGGACUCAUAGAGAUGCUAUACAACUUCAAAGUGGAUCAUGGUCUGAUGAAGGAAGUGGCCCGCCGCUACAUAAAGCUCUCUGAGGACCUCAGAAGUGCAAUAGUUGGAGAAGAACGUUGUGGUGUCCCCAGCCAUUCCCAGAGAGCAGAGAGCUUUGCUUGUAGGGUGCUCAAGACCUUCACCUCUGGCAAACAUUACUGGGAGGUGGAUGUGUCAUCCUCUUCCAACUGGAUUUUGGGAGUCUGUUAUGAUUCCAGCACAAGUGAUACCAGUGACAUUAUUAAUCUCGAAGAAGCAUUUCUCCUGGCCUCCCUGAAGAGUAACAACCAUUACGUCCUCUCCGCCAGUGUUCCACCCUUAACUCACUAUGUGGAAAUGCCCCUGAGUAGGGUUGGAGUGUUUCUGGAUUGCGACCAUGGAACAGUGAGUUUCUAUGAUGCUGACAUAGGUUCCCUCAUACAUUGUAAUGUUCCAACCCACUUUACUUCUCCUCUGAACCCCUUUUUGUACCUUUGUCCACCAUGAAAUGUCUUUGUGAACCCCCAUACGGAGGAAACUGCUGUCCUGGGAUGUUUUUAUGUGAGACAUCAGGAUUGUUUUUAAGCACACUGUAACUUAAUGAGCACAGUGUAAUCAUAAUUAGAGCAUGGUUAUAAAACACACAACAUACAACCGCAAUGAAUGUAUGAACUUUUUCUCUUAAAAUUUAUUUUAAUAAAGAGCUUUGCAACUCUCAUAGUUAUCUGAUCCCAAUACUUUUUCAUCACCCAGGAAGAAACAAUAUACUCCCCCUGGGCAUACUUCCUACUCCAUCACCUGACAAUUCCUUUUCUGCUUUUUCUUUUGUGGAUUUGUAUAUUCUAAACAGUUUACGCUACUAAAAUGAUGAAAUAUGUGGCUUCUGGGGUCUUGUUUUUCCAUUUAGUUAAAUGCUACCAAGGCACAUCCACAUGCAAAAAGCAUUUUAUUCUCCUAUUUGAUUAUGUGUUGGGUAGAAAAGUGAAGUGUCCUCUCUCUCAGUUUACUAAAUAAAACAAAUUUGCAAAGGUUUCUCUUUAAAUCUGGCCUUUUGGGGUAGAUACAAGUGCCUGAUAGGCAAUCACUUCAACCAGUCCUGAUCACGCAUCACAUCUCUGCUCAAAGCCCUUCGUGACCUUAGAGACCACAGUGACUUUUCUUACUACACACUCUACACAUAACAUCCAACAUCACCAAUAACUUCCAACAUGAAUUCAAAAACUGAUAGUUAGUGAUGUCUGCUUGAGUGCAAAUCCCAAAAUUUACAAAUGGAAAAUCUUACCUGGUGCUGUAUUGCUAUUACCCCGAGUACUGCUUAGGACAUAUUACACAAAACAAAUGUAGUGAAUAAGUGGACUAAAGAACAAAUAAAAGAUUAGUAUUAACAAAGCUACUCUAACAUCAGGAAUGUUUGGCUUAUUGGUUUCAGAGCCACUUGCUAUGUCCACAUCUCAUAUUGGAUCACCUGGGGACAUGUACUUCUCCUCUCCAGAUUCUAGCUUCUUGGUGGCAAUGGGCACUGUGGGAAGCAACAGGAGAUGGUUCAAGUACCUAGACCUAGAAAUACGUUUCUGGCUGCUAGCUUUGUCGUAGCCCAGUCCUGGCCAUCUUGGGGAGUGAAUUGGCAGAUGGGAGCUUGCCAGAUGCUCGCCAGCGAGAGUCCAGCAUAGUAAAGACACGGUCGCUGCUUACUCGGUUCUCAUGGAAUUUUAUUCAUCCAGAUGCAAGGCGAAAGAAAAGAAGCCAAGCCCUCUCUGCACAAUACUAUCCCCAUUAUAUACCCAAGGUUCCCCUAGCAGGACGCUCCUAGCCAAUGGCAAGUCUGUUCACAUGCAGUCC